UCUCCCCUGUGUCCGUAUGAAUCCUAUAUAACAACCUAGCGUCGCACAAACGUAGCGUAGUGAGCAAUAAUGUCUGUCGCGAGGACAACACUGGUCCUAGUCUGCUGCCUGGUGGCAGUCCGUGCCGACGGCCUGGGCGUGUUCUCCCGCGUGCUAGACAAGUGUGGUGACGAACCUGACCUUUACUCCUGUCUGAGGCUGAAGACAGUAGCUCUGCUGGACCGGGCGCUGACGGUGGACACUCUACCUGUGACUGACUACCUGACCAUCACCAGGGACCCCGCGGUGGACAACGCCACCCCCAGGCAACCUGUCAGGACCGAGGGUGAGCUGGAGGCGUCCCUCCCCCGCGACCAGCACAAGAGAAGUGCAGCUCUCGACCAGAUGUUGCAGGACAGAGUGUCUCGUUACCUCGACACCAGAACUAUCCAGAUCUCCAUGCCGGCUCAUGUCUUAGAAGCUGGGCGCAAGAAGAAAGACAAGGGUGGCAUGAUGAUGAUGGCGGCGGCUGCUAUGGGUGGCAUGAUGCUGCAGAUGGCUAUGGGCAAAAUAGCGCUCAUCGCUGGCAAAGCCCUGCUCAUCGGCAAGGUGGCACUGUUGCUAUCAGCGAUCGUAGGCCUCAAGAAGCUGGUAGGCAGUGGAGGCGGAGAGAGCCACCCCCAGGUUGUGUAUGCCGGGGGUGACCAUCAUGGUGGUUGGGGGCGGAGUCUGGAGGCGGCGUCCACGGAGGCGGCACAAGACGUUGUCUACCAGGCCUACAGACCGCAGUCGUAGCCUUAACUCCACCUUACUUGAUAUACUGCCAACCGUUUUGAGUUCCACAGUUUAUUUUGUAUAUAGUAACCGAUCACCUGGAUAAAUCUGGGCUGAUGUAUUUAACAUGAUAUCAACUAAUUUAUUAUUCAAUGUAGCUUUCAUAAAGCACUUUUGAUACUUGUAAGUCAAUCGAGACCAAGCUCUAUUUACAAUGCAUCAAAGUUAGUAAAUGUCUGGUAUGUCCGUGGUAAAUGUUAUAUUAUCAUACUGUACUAUUACACAGAUCCUCAUAAUUCAAACUCCUAAACUUACGAAGAUAGGAAAAAUAGUUUAGCGUUGAAUAUUUCGGUUAAAAGUAGAACUAAAAUUUGUGACUUAGUACAAAAUGUCUACAUGGGAAUAAUAAUGAAAUGGGAAAUUAAAAGUAUUUGCAUACUUAUGAAUCAGAAGAUUUUAUUGCAAUCAAACUGACUUUUUACUCAUUUAAGUGCAGAAUAUAAUAAAUCUCAACCUACCAAACAUUUAAAAUUAGGAAAUCUCCAUGAUAUUAGUUAAUAUAAAAUUAAAAGAUUAAAUGUUUUUAUUUCAUGUU